AUGUCACCAACCUUUGCAAAUAUAAAGCCCAAAAUUGAACACAUCUCAGAUUGCUCAUCUGACGCAGAACUGCACUCAGAGAAUGACAUUUUCAAUGAGAAACCUACAUUGACGCUCCCCGUUAUCAAGCGCUAUUUUACUACAAGAUUUACGACCUUGUUUGAUUUGCCAGUCAACGACCAAGAUUCUAGAUGGUAUGAACUUUUGAACCCUAUUCCUGCAUUAAGGGAAAUGACAUGGAGAGAUUGGAACUACUACGGAUUGGGAUGGUUUGGUUGGAUUUUGGAUGCCAUGGAUUUCUUUUGCGUUUCUGUUGCUUUACCGGAAAUCGCCGUCACUUUGAAUUCAAGUGUUGCUGACAUUACUUGGGGUGUGACUUUGGUAUUGAUGCUAAGAGCUGUUGGAGCAGUUUCCUUCGGGUUAGCUUCUGACAUUUUUGGUAGAAAAAAGUGCUACAUUGUCAUUUGUAUAUUAUUUAUUUUCGUUGAAGUUGGUACAGGCUUUGUCCAAACUUAUGCUCAAUUUCUUGGUAUUCGCGCUGUAUUUGGUAUCUUAAUGGGAAGUAUGUUACCAGUUUGUAUGGUGACUGCAAUGGAGGGACAACCAGUACGUGCAAGAAGCAUUUUAUCGGGUUGGUUUACGCAAGCCUAUUGUAUUGGUUAUAUAUUGGCUAUGGUAUUUUACAAGGUGUUUGAGCCGACUUACAAAGAAGGGGAAGGGUGGAGAAGUUUGUUUUGGUUUAGUGGUGGAUUGAGUGUCAUUUUGAUUGUAUGGAGAUUGUUGGUUCCGGAAUCAAAUGAGUUCUUGGAAAUGCAAGAGAAGAAGAGAAAGUUCAAGGAGAAGAACCAGAGCACCGGGCUUCAUAAACUCUUCAACACAACAAUAGUGCACACUUUGAAAACUGAGUGGUUGUUGUUUAUUUAUCUUUGUAUUGCGUACGCUGGUUGGAACUUUACUAGCCAUGGUACUCAAGAUUUGUAUGUCACGAUGUUGUCCAACCAAUAUGGGGUUGAGAUAGGUCAUAGAACCAUGAUUGUAGCAUUGUCAAACGUUGGUGGAAUUCUCGGUGGAUUCUUUGUGGGUGGUGUUUCAGAGGUUUUCGGAAGAAGAUUGUCUGCCAUCAUUGCGACCAUUUGUUGUGGUGCCCUAGUUUAUCCAUCUUUUUACAAUGCUGACAAAAAUUGGGGCGCCUAUGUUGUUUUAAUUGGUUUCGUUAUGGCAUCUUGGGGAGUGUCAUCAGCUUACGCCUUGGAGUUGGUAAACAAAGCACACAGAACAUUGUUGAUUGGAUUGGCAUACCAAAUCGGUAACUUGAUCAGUGCUGGUAGUGCUACUAUUCAAGCCCAGCUUGGUGAGAAAUACCCCAUUCCUGGUGCUGCUCCUGGUGUGUACAAUUAUGGGAAAGUGAUGUGUAUUUUUUGUGGCGCUGUUUUCGCUUUCGUGGUUUUUAUAUUGGCAUUAGGGCCAGAGAAGUUUCAUAGAAACUUGAGAAUGGCUCCUGUAAAGCUUGGUGCAGUAACGGAACUCGAGAAAAGUUUGGAUUUGGACAAACCUGGUAAUGAGAGUAAAAAGUAA